GCGUCGCCUGUACGUGUGGGCGUUGCGCCGCGAAUGGUCUUGGUGUACAAUUGGUAAUUAUUAAGUAUUAUUAACAAUUUUUCGCACUAAAAUGCUGCAAAAUGUUUGUCGCGUAUGCGCCAGCAACACGGACGACAGAAAUGCAUUGAAGCUCUUUAUGAGCAGCACGCGGGGGCUGGUGAAACAAAUCAAUUUAAUUGCCGGCAUAUUGCUUCAAUUUGAGCCCGAUUUACCAGAUUGGAUAUGCGAACGGUGUCAAACAGCCCUACAGAGUGCCAUAGAGUUUCGGGAGCAGUGUCUGAGCAGCCAAGAGAAGUUAAAUGGAAUGCUCAGUAAGUGUUCCCGGCCUGUACGCCGUAGUAAGCGCUCCCAGAAACACCUGGAGGUAGACACAGCGCUCAAGAGUCCACCAAGUCCCAUAGAAGUCAUGAUCAAAAUCGAAAAUCUAAGCAAUGGCGAUGAGGAGGACGAUGGUGUAGAUCAUCUAGACACCAGCAACGAUGCCGAUCCUGAUUUCGUAAUUAAACAGUUGCCCUUGUCGGAAGAUGAUGCACCUGGAUCACCAGAUAAAGUCCGAAAAGGUCGACGAAAGAAGUACUCGAGCGAAAAGCGCCAAAAACCAGCCCUAACCGUCUUCUUCUGCGAUCAAUGUGGCACAAAUGUAACAGGAAAAACAUCCUUUGAGCGCCACCUGCGGAAGCACAGCGGCGACCGGCCCUUCCCGUGCGAACUCUGCCCCGCCCGCUUUCUAUCCGCUGGGGAGCUGAAAAGCCAUCAGGUGAUGCAUACGGGGGUUCGAAACUUCCCCUGCCGCUACUGCGAACGCAGCUAUGUCAAUUACAGCGGACGGCUGCGUCACGAACGCACUCAUACCAAUGAGAGGCCUUUUGUAUGCUCCCAGUGUCCCAAGAGCUUCACCAAUUCGUACAUUCUAAAGAACCAUAUGCUGAUCCAUACGGGCGAGCGCUUGUUUAGAUGUGAGCUGUGCCAGCGUUCCUUUUCGCGUCCAACCCACUUGAAGACCCACUAUCGAUCGAAUACGCACAAGCACAAUCUGGAAAAGGCAAGGGUCGAAGAAGAACAGCAGCCAGAGGGCUUGGAGAUGCCUCUGCCACAGCAGACUGGAUUCCUGGUGGAGCAGCAGCCGUCGAUGGCCUUCACGAUAGAAGUGCCAUUGCCUGUGGAGCAGGAUGUAGCCACUCGACAGCUCUUGGGCCCAACAACCUUAGUAUUUAGUGCGAGUUAAACCAACGACAAUGUAGAGCCAAAUAUUAUUUACAUAUACUUUAAUUCACUUAGCUUAAGGUAAGCCUUGUAAUAAGGGACAAUUGACUUGAUUGGAGGAUAGAAUUUAUUAAUGAUUAAAUUUGUAUUACAACUCAACUCUAUUAUAUUAUCGCUGAAAUGCUACUUGUCUGUGUAAUCCGUCAUUGCGCCAGGACUAAUCCUAAAUUAUUAA